AUGACGGCAGCAGCAGUCCUUCACCAAGCCGUCCUCCGCUUUGGCGUACCCGACACAUCUAUCAGCGUCGAGGAGCGCGGCUUAUACGCCUUCCCUGCAAACAAGGACGUGGAAGAAUUUGACUUUCAACUACGGGAUGCUCGCACCUCCCCAGAGAUCCUGCCUGGGAUGGCUGGCUUGGAUGCCCAGGGGUUUGCGUUUGUCAAGCACAAGUCCGCAUUGCAGGACUCAAAAGAUUGGCUGACUGGCCACAAUGUCGAGAAGACGUAUAUCCCGGAGAUUGAGAAACUGGCGUGCGAAGUCACAGGUGGUAAACGAGCGGUUGUCAUGGAUGCGUCGUUCCGUCUCAAGCCGGCUGAUGAUCAGAUUCAGCUUGACUGGUAUCGGCGACGUGGGGACGCCAUUGAUGAUCAGGUUGCCUUAUUGCCUAAGAAUGUGACUGCGGUUUACGGCCGUGAGGUCGGCGCAGCGAUUGAGCCAGCACGCCAGGCACACAUCGACUAUACCUGCCAAGGCAUGCGCGACACGGCCCGCUAUCGUCGUCAAGACAUUUACGAUAUGUGCAAGAAGACCAUGGAAGCCGAGGACGCAGUCGCGAGAGGCGAGAAGCAUAGCAAGGAAGUGCCACGAUACGCCGCGUUCUCCGCCUGGCGGCCUUUGAGUACCGUUCGCCGGGACCCCAUCGCCGUGUGCGAUUCUCGAUCUGUCAAGGCAGAUGAUUAUGCAAAGGUGUUGUACCGCGCUGUCAGCGAUAUUACGGGAAGUAGAGAAUAUCAUUUGGAAGCUGCUUGGCUUUCGCCGCCGGGGGAGAAGUCGGACUAGCGGUGGUAUUGGUGCCCUGAGCAGCAACCGGACAAGGUGUUGUUUAUAAAGUUCGCGGAUACAGAGGCGGAGAUCUUGGCUGAAGUGUCGCCAGGGUGCGCACAUCUUAGUCCGAAGUUGGCGGGAAGCAAGGGCGAGGAGAUACGGAAGAGUGUGGAGU